AUCAGUGAUUCUUGGUGUCAAUAGAUCGAGCAUAUGGUGUGCAGACACAAGAUUUGCGUAUGUGCCGCGGACCUAAUCCGACGAAACCCGGUCGGCUAGGGUUAGGUUGGUUCAACACCGACUUGGUGAGCCCAACCGGUUGUUUAUGAGAAGCCCUAAAAGAUGAUGGGCACCGCCAAAGUUCAACAACCUUGGUCCCGCUGCGACUCGGGGUCUCCUCCGCCGCUGCAUCCAUCGGCGGCUUUGCGUUCUACGACCGAUCUUUGAUAAGCUCCACAAUGGCUGCUAAAAAUGGCGCAAGCAGCAUCGAGAAAGAGCAGAUUUUUGGAAUGGCAGAGAAAGAAAUGGAGUACAGGGUGGAUCUCUUCAACAGGCUCACACAGACAUGUUUCGAUAAAUGUAUCGAGAAAAGGUACAAGGAAUCUGAGCUCAACAUGGGUGAAAACAGUUGCAUUGAUCGAUGCGUUUCAAAAUAUUGGCAGGUGACAAAUAUAGUUGGGCAACUACUUGGUUCGAACAGGCCUCCAAUGUGAAGCAUCUGAUAUGCCUUUUUUCAGACUGAAAAGCUAUUUCACCGUCAGCAACAUACAUCAAAUGGUUAUGCAAUCACAUUUGGCAUAACUUGAGAUAUAUGCAACCUCUAAGAUAAAUUUGUUUGAGGAACAAACACUUCUUACCUUUGAUGAUUAUUAUUUUUAAUGGCGUUGUCUUUCUUAGCAUCAAAUAAACUUGCAGCUGUUAAUUGAAAGCCUUUGGAUUGUAAAAUCAGUAUGAUUGUGUUGAACUUGCAGCUGGUAAUUGCCAGCUUUUGGAAUUAGUCAGUAUGAUCGUGUUAUUAGA